AUGUCCUCUGAAAUUGGAGUUCUUGAUAUUGUGAUAGCCUUGGUUACGGCUUUGGCUGUCUUCUUGGUGAUUCGAUACUUCUCCUCGCAGAAAGGAAAGAAGAAUGAACCUCCUCGGGUUCCAAACUUGAUUCCAUAUGUGGGAUCUUUUGUUGGCUUUGCAAAGAACCCAGUUCAAUUCAUCAUUGAUAACAGCAAGAAGUACGGAGAUGUUUUCACUGCUACAGUUUUGGGAAAGGAAAUGACUUUCCUCAACCAUCCAAAGAUUUUGGAUACUUUCUUCAAGGCUACCGAUAAUGAACUCUCUCUUCGUGAUGUUUACAGAUUCAUGAGACCAGUGUUCGGUACCGGUGUUGUUUAUGAUGCCGAUUCUACUGAACGUAUGAUGGAACAAGUCAAGUUUGUAAGCUCGGGUCUUACUACUGCUCGUUUCCGUGUCUUUGUCGACAUCUUUGAAGAUGAAAUUGCUCGUAAGGUAAAGGAAUUAGGUCCAGAAGGAACUGUUGAUGUUGCCGAGUUGAUGGCAGAUUUGAUUAUUUUCACUGCUUCUCGUUGCUUGUUGGGUGAUGAAGUCAGACAAUAUUUGAGCGAGAAGAAUUUGGGUAAACUCUAUCACGAUAUUGAUGAUGGUAUUAGUCCAUUGUCGUUCUUCUAUCCUUCACUUCCAGCUCCAAAGCGUGACAAGGCUAGAAAGGCUGUCGGAGAAAUCUUCCAAGAAUUGUUGGAUAAGAGAAGAGAAGAACAUAAGAAGCAUCCAGAACGUUUAUUGGAUGAAUCCAAGAUGGAUGUUGUUGACCACUUGCUCACUCAAAAGUACAAGGAUGGUCAAGAAUUGACUGAUGUUCACAGAAUUGGUAUUCUUAUUGCUGGUUUGUUUGCUGGACAACACACAUCUUCAAUUACUAGUAGCUGGACUUUGAUGAAUGUCAUUGCUAAUAAGAAAGUUUUGGAAAAGGUUAGAAAGGAACAAACAGAAAUUAUGGGUUCCGAUAAGGUUUUGGAUUAUGAUAAAGUGAUGAAGAUGGACUAUCUUGAAGCUUGCAUGAAAGAAGCUCUCAGAAUGUAUCCACCUUUGAUCAUGAUUAUGAGAAUGGCCAGAAAGCCAAGAGAAUGUGAACAAUACAUUAUUCCAAAGGGUAACAUUUUAGUUGUUUCUCCAUCAGUUGCUGGAAGAUGUACUGAUACUUACACUAAUCCAGAUGUUUUUGAUCCAGAACGUUUGACUGAACGUAAGGAACAUGAAAAAUUCAAGUAUGGUGCUGUUCCAUUCGGUGCUGGUCGUCACAAGUGUAUUGGAGAAAACUUUGCUCUCUUGCAAGUUAAGAGCAUUAUCAGCAUUUUAUUGAGAUAUUAUGAUAUGGAAUAUAUUGGUAAAAUCCCAGACCCAUCAUACACAUCAUUGGUUGUUGGUCCAUCACCUCCAACACGCAUGAGAUACAAGUUGCGUAAACAAUAA